AUGAGUACUCAAUCAAUAAUGCAGCAUAGUUCAAAUAUAACAGCUGCAAUACUCAAAGAUCGUUCAGCCUACGUCGAUUCUCUAUUGAGAAAACAUAUAGUUAAUCAUGAUAUUGGUUUGCCAGUAGUGUUACUCUAUUCAAUUUCAAUUCCAGUUGGUUUACUGGCAAAUGUGGCUACAUUAACUGUCAUUUUACUCUUUCGUCAUAUGCAAACACCGACAAAUUUAUUCAUAUUUAAUUUAUCAUGUUGUGAUCUUUUCGUGGUAAUAUUUGUUAUGCCCUUCGAUCUAAUGAACAGUAUCGAUCGUCAUUGGAAUAUGGGACUGUUCAUGUGUAAACUUAUACCUUAUAUAAAAGCGAUAACGGUCACGGCAAGUAUUUACACUCUGUUUGCUAUAUCAAUCGAACGUAUCUAUGCUGUGAAGCGUCCUUUACAUGCGCGUAGUGUAUUGACGAAAAGUAAUGCUAUUAAAUCGAAUUUAUUUAUUUGGCUAUUUUCCAUGUUACUUAUGGCAGCCGUUCCGUUUGUACGAACAUAUUCUAAUCCGUUCUCAUCCACAGCAUUCUCAUCAAAUAUUACCAGAUCGAUUUUUUCCACUACUGGAAUGGGUAUUAAUAUUUGUUUUGAGCAAUGGUCGUCGUCACUUUUCAAAUUGGUUUAUACCAUAAUAAUCUUUAUCUUUAUCUAUGUUAUACCAUCGUUGACAAUAUUAGCUGCGCAUUCAUGGAUAGGCUUCUAUAUUAACGUUGGACAGUCAUUUCGAAGAUCUUAUUAUCGUAGUGAAGGUGUACAAAUAACUUCUACAACCGGAAGAAAAAUUUAUGGACGCCCGUUAACAUCAGCUUCAACGACCAUCGGCUCAACACUUUUUAAUCAAAAAAAUUAUUCAACAGUACCACUUCGUUUUGUGACACCAAAUUCCGAACUUAUUCGAACAAAACAACAUCGAAAAUUAUUGCGUAUGUUAAUAAUCAUGAUAUUAUUAUUCUCAUUAUCUUGGUUACCUUAUCAUAUUCUCAGUCUUAUUAUGGAAUGUCAAUCAUUGUCAGAAAAGACAAUAAUAACAAAAAAUUAUUAUCACGUUUUACUGUACGAUUACGCAUUAUGGUUGGGUGAAUUUGGAUCAGUUCUGAAUCCUAUAUGUUAUGGAAUUAUGUCCGAACGUUAUCAAGCAUGUCUUAUAAGCCUAUUCAAACAUACUUGA